UAUUUGUUUUAGUGUGUUGUCAUUGUAAAUAUUUUUUUUGUCCAUGAUCAACUCGUCGGUAUGGUUUGAGAUUAAUAAAAAAUAAGAAUAAAAUAAAAAGUAUAUCGUAAACUGACUCUCGCCGGUAUCGUCUGCAAAUUCAGAGUCAAAAUAGUCGUUGUCCAAUUUCAUUUUUCUUCUGCGUUGAACGGAAACGAAGAUGAAACGAAGACCGUGGCCAUUUCGAUCGAACGGCUCUCGUCUCUCCACCCUUCCACCUCCAAAAAUCGACGGUAGAAAGGAGGAUGAACGCGCGAGAAAACACCGGACCACCAAAAUCACCACCAUCAGACCUUCAUGGAUAUCUCCUUGUCGUCAGAUUCAUUCACGCUCGAUAUCGUCAUCUUCGGCUUCCAAGGACGGCGGUGAUUUCACUGCACUUCCCUACGACGUACUGACGAAAAUCGCAGCCUCCUUCGGCGUCGCUGACCUCAGAACGGCGUCGUUAGUGUGCAAGUCGUGGUGCGACGCACUCCGGCCAUUGAGGGAGGCGAUGCUGUUGUUGAGGUGGGGGAAGAGGUUCAAGCACGGCCGCGAUGGAGUUCGGCCCAAUUUGGACAAAGCUCUUGACUCAUUCUUAAAAGGCGCGGCUCGUGGCUCGACUCUAGCUAUGGUCGAUGCUGGUCUUGUGUACUGGGAGUCGGGGAAUAAGGACAAGGCCAUGGCUCUGUAUCACAAAGCUGCAGCCCUUGGAGACCCUGCUGGGAAAUUCAAUUUGGGGGUUGCUUAUAUGCAGUUGCAAGCUGAACCUGCAAAUCCUAAAGAAGCUGUGAGAUGGUUUUAUGAAUCUGCCAUGGCUGGCUACGUUCGUGCUCAGUACCAACUUGCACUUUGUCUUCAUCAAGGUCGAGGGGUGGAUCAUAUCGAUAUGCAAGAAGCCGCUAAAUGGUACCUGAAAGCUGCUGAAGGUGGCUAUGUCCGUGCCAUGUAUAAUGUUUCCCUGUGCUACUCGUUUGGGGAAGGCUUGAGGCAGUCUCAUCGACUAGCAAGAAAAUGGAUGAAGAGUGCAGCUGACCGCGGUCAUACUAAAGCUCAAUUUGAGCAUGGACUUGCUCUCUUUUCGGAGGGGGAUUUGUUUAAAGCUGUUGUGUAUCUGGAGCUUGCAACCCGAGCUGGUGAAACAGCGGCAGUCCAUGUAAAAAAUGUGAUUCUUCAACAACUGUCAGAGACAUCUCGUGAUCGGGUCCUGGUUCUUGCAGAUAAAUGGCGAGCUUUGCCUUCAGGGUCAUGAUUUAUAUUAUAUAAUAAGCACCGGAUCACUGUCAAAUAUACUUUCCCUUGUCUUCUUCUCAGGCUUAUUUCUUCGUUUUAAUAUCGUCCUACUGUGGCUGUGGAUGACUUUUACUGAAAGAAAGAGGACAUGGAUAACUGCCGAUUCAGUCAGUUGUUUGCAUUUGUAUAAAGGCUCCUGGUUGUGAGUAGAUACUGGAUAACUCUGUCAAUUUGCAGGUCUGAGGUUUGGCUCUCAUUGAAGUUUGGGCCACUAAAUACUAUAUUGGACAAUAUCUUGCAAAUUGGGCUUAACCUUUGUGCUCUUCAGCAAAGUUGAAACUUGAAAUCUGUCGUGUCAGGCUCUGAUGAAACUGAUAAUAGGUUAGAGUUUGAUUAAAAUCUUAAGACCUCCGUUGGAGCUUUGUUAACACUAACGGAUUUGCCUGUCUUAUAUGGAGGCUGUUUUGUAUCUCAUGGAACUUUAGUACUAUAAUAGUAUUUAUAUGACUUUGGUCGUUCUA